GCCCCGCCGCACCGAGCCGAGCCGGGCGGAGCGGAGCCGAGCCGGCCGGGGCCGCCCCGGGCCGGGCCAUGCGCUGAGGCCGCCGCGCCGCCCGCAGCCAAGGGCGGAUCCCGGGCAGGACACGCGGCGGCGACUGCGGGGCAAGAUGCCGGAGCAGAGCAACGAUUACCGCGUGGUGGUGUUCGGCGCCGGCGGCGUGGGCAAGAGCUCGCUGGUGCUGCGCUUCGUCAAGGGGACCUUCCGCGACACCUACAUCCCCACCAUCGAGGACACGUACCGGCAGGUGAUCAGCUGCGACAAGAGCGUGUGCACCCUGCAGAUCACCGACACCACCGGCAGCCACCAGUUCCCGGCCAUGCAGCGCCUGUCCAUCUCCAAGGGCCAUGCCUUCAUCCUGGUCUUCUCGGUCACCAGCAAGCAGUCGCUGGAGGAGCUGAAGCCCAUCUACCAGCAGAUCGUGCAGAUCAAGGGCAGCGUGGAGAGCAUCCCCAUCAUGCUGGUGGGCAACAAGUGCGACGAGACGCAGCGCGAGGUGGAGAGCAGGGAGGGGGAGGCCAUGGCCAAGGAGUGGAAAUGCGCCUUCAUGGAGACCUCGGCCAAGAUGAACUACAACGUCAAGGAGCUCUUCCAGGAGCUGCUGAACCUGGAGAAGAGGAGGAACGUCAGCCUCACCAUCGACGGGAAGCGCUCCAGCAAGCAGAAGAGGACAGACAAAAUCAAGGGGAAGUGCAGCAUCAUGUAGAGCCCCGGACUGGCCCGCGCCCCCCUCCCCACUCCGGAUACC